GUUAUAAAUUUGUGUAGUUUUAUUUUGCUUGAAUAAUUUCGGGUGAGUUUGUUCAUUUCUAUCAAAGUGUAUGAAUUGAGAUUCAGUUUAGAUUUGUUGUUAAGUAGCAAUAAUGAUGGUUUCAUUUCUGUUACAUGCUAAUUACAAUGUAGAUCUUUCAGCAAAAAGGAUUUCAACUAGUUUUCUAUACUAAAACAAGGAUGAUUCUCAUGUAUUGGUGCCUCUUUCUAUUACAAGGUGGAAGAUACGAAUGAAAACGAUGGUAAAUAUUUGUUAGGAUAUCACGUAUCAGCAGUGCAAUUUGUGGGAUUUUGAUGUCUACUGUAUGGGCGAAUUAGAUUAAAAAUUUUUCAAGUUUGUCAUUGUGACUUACUUCGACAGAGAUUCAUUUUUAUGUGUUUCUAUCCAUACAUAUUCAUCGCAAUAAAUCCAAUUUAUCAAGCAAUCAGGAAAAUUAUGCAGAAACAUAGGAGUAAAAAUAAAAACGGGAUAUAUAACCAAAACAAAUAAAUGAACAAUGAUGGAUUUAAGGUCAACAAGAACAGAUCAACAUUGCGGUGCACAGGCAAGCUGUGAAUCACAUAUAGAGAAAUUCAAACACUCCACUUCAACCCAACUUUUUUACUGAUGAUGUCGUUCAGAAGGACUAUUCAAGCUGAACGACUAAACAAAGCAGCUCAGCAAAAACGAUUUCAACUAGUUUUCUUUUUAAACACAAGAAUGAUUCUCAUGUAUUGGUACCUCGUUGUACUAAAAGACGGUCAAUGUGAAAGAUGUGAGUGAAAUGGAUGUAAGGAUAUAGUUUGAAUGUCUAUCAACAACCAUAUUCGUAAUGGUUUCAAAAGAUUCAUUACGCUCUUCACAAAUUGCCUUCAGCACUCUCCUCAAAAUGACAAAAUUUUAUCCGAAGAUCACUGGAAAAAGUAAUGGACGACAGUUAUGUAUGAUAGAUUAUAUGCCAGAAUCAACAAAUCUUCAAUGUAGAAGUCGAACAAUGCCAAUGGUAGGUAAAAAACCGGAUGAAUAGUUUUCCUGGUAAUCAAUGUCACAUGAGGAAACAGAGAGAGAGCAGAGGAAAAACUUCGUCACGAUAAGUUACAUUUUACAUAGUCUUCAUUACCGAAUCUCCAAACAUACCAACUUAUGCAUCACAACAUGGUGUUUGAGUGUUAUUCAUCUUCAGAGCAUAGUAAGCCACUUAACCUAUGAAAGAAUAAGUGUGAAACCAUCAACAUCAAAGUAUCGUUCACUGAAAUGUAAAACCUCAUUCGUGUAAAGAAGAUAUGAUCAGGUGGUAAUACUCUAUCCUUACUGUUUUGUGAUUUCCCGCUUUUUUCAGUUGAAGUUGGAAUUACUAAUUGUAGAAGGUGAAAUUUCAAAGGUCAGUUGUCCACAAAUUUUCAUUACAGAUAGUUAAACGAUGAUGAAAUUUGCAAUCACCGAUGUGUCAAACGAAACCAAUCAGAAUUACUCUCAUUGCAUGUAAGAAAUCUAUUAUUGCGUUUGACAGAUUGAGAUCUACUCAAUUAAUUAGCCCACCUUUUCUCAGUGGUCUCAUCCUAACGUAAGUAAUAUUUGUUAAAAGUAAGUAUAGUAGUUAUUUUCUUUCCCAGUACAAACUAUUGUCAUUUUGGGUUACAUCAGAUCAUAGCAAAUGAUCAUACAGAAAUAAUAGUUAUGAGAUGUCCAAGGCAAUUUAUCAUUAGAUAUUCCACUUAUCGAUUAUUUUGAAAACUUGUUUUGAAAACUUUGGAAAAUGUUGAACUGAGUAGUUAAACAUCUACUUCAACCAUCUCAUGCAUACAUAUCAUGUGGAACAUUUGAUUCACAUUGCCUAUGAUCUAUUGUAUCUAUGAGUUUAGUAUGUUGUAAUUGUUUUUGUUGUUUAUUUCAGAUUGAUCGGUGUAAUCCUUGGAAUUAUAAUAAUAUUCAUUAGAUCUAGUUAAUUAAGUAGCCGACUUGUUCUCACUGGUCUCAUCCUAACGUAAGUUAUAUAUGUUUAAAAUACAGGUAUUCACCGAUAAUCAUAACAAAAAUGUUUCGUGUAUUAUUUCGUAUUAUGCAACAUUCAAUGAACCGAUUAUUACACUUAGCCAAAAAAUGUGAUCCAUGUUCGACAAGAAUAUCAUGUUUGAAAAAGAUAGUAAAGUAGUUAAUUUCUUUCUCAGUACAAACUUUUGUCAUUUUGUGUUACAUCACAUCAUAGCAAAUGUUCAUUCUGAAAUGAAUGUUAUGAGAUGUCCAAGGAAAUUUAUCAUUAGAUAUUCCACUAAUCCAUUAUUUUUACAAGCUUUAAAAACUUUCCAAAAUGUUGAACUGAGUAGUUAAACAUCUACUUCAACCAUCUCAUGCAUACAUAUCAUGUGGAACAUUUGAUUCACAUUGCCUAUGAUCUAUUGUAUCUAUGAGUUUAGUAUGUUGUACAUGUUUUUAAUUUGUAUUUCAGAUUGAUCGGUGUAGUCUUUGGAUUAAUAAUAAUACUCGUUAGAAAACUACAUUCCACAUCCCUACUGAACAUUAUCUUCAUGGUUAUAACCGUCAGUUAAAUAUAAUUUUAAAAUUAC